AUGUCGUUCUGUAAACAGAUGGCGUGGGAUGUCGUUGACCUAAUUCUUAUUUGUUGCUAUUUGGCCACCCCUGCCGUUGCACAAUGCAAUCCGGAAUGGUGUGGAUCCCAGAAUGUCAGUUUUCCAUUUUGGAUAUCCAAUUCGAGUUGUGGGCUUCCCGGAUUUCAGAUCAAAUGCAUACAGAAGGAGAACGGGAAUCGGAGUCUAUUUCUUGGAACUUCUGUAAAUUCAACAGAAACGGAUCUUGAGAUCCCGGAGAUGAGUUACGCCGGCUCUCUGGUAAUAAAUUCCACUGAUCUAAAAGCCAUCUCGUGUAAUUAUACAAACGAUGCCUCUCUCAAUUUCACGCUACCUGCGGAUGGCCCCUUCACCAUUUAUUCUUCCAAUAAAUUCGUGGUCAUUGGUUGCAGCGCAAUAGGUUCUUUCAGUCUUAAAGCUGGGGGAGGGGCAUGUCGAUCUGCAUGUAUAACACAGUAUGAUCCAAGCUACUGCAACACCUAUGGUUGCUGUGAAGCUGGUAUUCCAGGAAAUGAGAGGGCGAUAAACUUCACGGGUGGGGGAAACUGCGGAUUCUCCACUAUUCUGGACCCAGAUACUUGGAAUUUGCCUCAAGGCGAACUUGGUUUGUAUGCGAGGGGUCAUUACGGCAUGCGCCUCCAGUGGGGCAUCGGCAAUGGAAAUUGUUCCACGGCCAAAGGAAAAGCGAAUUACUUUUGCGCCGAUGCAGGUGAAUGUUUGAACACAACACGGGGCGCCUAUGUAUGCAAAUGUCUUACGGGCUAUGAAGGAAGUGGGUACUCUAAAGGCACCGGUUGCACAGAUGUGGAUGAAUGCAGUGAAGGAGGCUUAAACCAGGGCUUUGAACCAUCGCAGGGGGGUAUAUGUCAUAAUCUUCCUGGCACUUACAACUGUUCAUGUGCAAAGCAUUACAGGGGAGACGGCUUUCAAAACGGGACAAGAUGCCAGUCGCCGAGCUCAAAUAACUCUCUAAGAUCUGCAAUUAUAGGCUUUCUUUCUUCAUUCGUUGGAGUUUCAUUUGCAGCAUGUGGAUUAUUUUGGUGCCUGAGGAGGCGACAGUUGAAGUAUGCUGGUGACAAAAAUUUCAUAGAAAAUGGGGGGGUUGAGAUGGAGGAACGCAUAGCUUCCAUGGGAGGUAGAAAAAGCCUUAGAAUGUUUUCUGAAAUCGAGUUAAAAACAGCCUCAAACAAUUACUCAAUAGAGUUAGGGAAAGGUGGCUUUGCAACCGUGUACAAAGGAGUUCUACCAGAUGGCAUGCCAGUGGCGAUCAAAAAGCCCAAAUCAUUUUCCCCUGAGUUCAAUAACGAAAUUGUGGUUUUAUCCCACAUCAAUCACAGAAAUGUAGUGAAAUUGAUUGGUUGUUGUCUCCGUACUCAACUUCCUUUGCUUGUCUACGAAUUUGUGCCGAAUGGAACACUCUUUCAACAUCUACAGUCUCCAGAGAAGCACUUGUCCUGGGAAAGAAGGCGACAGAUUGCAAUAGAGACUGCAGAGGGUAUAGCGUAUGUACACCGCGAAGCUUCUCAGCCUAUUUUCCAUCGUGACAUAAAAUCAUCGAACAUUCUCCUAGAUGACAGAUUUACUCCAAAAGUGGCAGAUUUUGGUAUUUCUCGUCUGCGACCUUCUGACGAAAUGCAUCUCAGCACCCUUUUCCCUUCUGGCACUCCAGGUUAUGUGGAUCCCGAAUUCAUAAGAAACAACCAAUUUACAGAGAAGAGUGAUGUUUAUAGCUUUGGUGUUGUUUUGCUCGAGCUUCUCACUGGUUUAAAACCCUUGUUGUCUCGACAAGAUCAGAUGUACACUUUAUACGACCAUGUGCUAUCUGCAAUUAACGGCGGCUGCUUAAUUCAAAUCUUAGAUCCCAAAGUCGUGGAUGAGGAAAAUCAAGGGCAGAUGGAGAAUAUGGCAAAACUCGCCAAGGCAUGUUUGCACGAGGAAGGAAUGGCAAGGCCGUCGAUGAGAGAGGUAGUGGAGGAGCUUGUUUGGAUAAGAGCAACUUCAAAACAGGCAGGACUUUUAAAUAGGGAUGCGACUCUCCCUAUGGAGAAGGCACGUUCCACACGGACAACACUUGAGCAUUAUAGCGGGCGACUCCUCGAUGAGAAUACUUCAUGGGAUCAUCACACUUCUCUCUCUCAUACUCAUACUGCAUCUGAGGACCCUUCGAGUUCGUUGAUUCAGAUGUCAAAUAUGAAUGGAAGAUAAUCGAGAGGAGACAAAGUA